AGCCGAACAGAAGCAGCAGCAAGAGCAAUAGCAAAAGCAACAGCAACAGCAACUGAUUCUAUCAAGCACAAACGACAUUACAGUAAACAUAACAAAAAAAAAAGAGACAUUGUGAAUACAGUGAAGUGACAAACAAGAGAACAACAAGAACGCAAACACAGUGAACAUUAUAUUGAAAACAAUAUCAAGUGAUAAACGAACAUAGAUAAACAUAUAAUGGCCACAUUAUCGUCACAUCCCAAUUAUGGUUUCCAUUUGGGCACCGGUCAGGGCCUGGAGCUGCCGUCCCCUGGCGACUAUGCGUCCCAGGGCCUGGUCAAUGCCCAGCUUAGCCCCAGCAUGGACAUGGAUAUAAAGCGUGUGUUGCAUUACUCACAAAGCGGCGGAUUGGCUGCCAGUCUGGCAGCCAUGGGCGGCUCACCAGGUGGUGGUGGCCCAGGCGGCGUCAGCAGCCAAGCUGCCAGCAACAUGAGCCACCACAUGGCGCAUCAUAUGCACAACGCCGUGGCCGCACAGCAGACCCUCUCGCCCAACAGCUCCAUUGGCUCCGCCGGCAGUCUGGGCAGCCAGAGCAGCUUAGGCAGCAGCGGCAUGGGUGGAGGCAUUGGCAUGGGCGCACAUGGCUCGGGCGUGGGCACUGGCCCUGGUAAUGGCUCCAUGCACAGUUUGGCCACAUCGCCUGGACAGGAGGGACACAUCAAGCGCCCGAUGAACGCGUUUAUGGUUUGGUCGCGUCUGCAGCGUCGUCAGAUCGCCAAGGAUAAUCCCAAGAUGCACAAUUCGGAGAUAUCGAAGCGCUUGGGCGCCGAAUGGAAACUGCUGGCCGAGUCGGAGAAGCGUCCGUUCAUUGAUGAGGCCAAGCGCCUGCGCGCAUUGCACAUGAAGGAACAUCCGGAUUACAAGUAUCGUCCACGUCGCAAGCCCAAGAACCCGCUGGCCGCUGGCCCCCAGGGCGCACUCCAAAUGCAGAGCAACAUGAACAUGAACAUGAACAUGAAUAUGAACAUGAAUAUGAACAUGAAUAUGGCGCAACAGAAACUGGGUGGAGCCGGCGGCGGUCCGGCGGGCGGUGGCUACAAUCCGUUCCAUCAGCUGCCCCCAUACUUUGCACCCUCGCAUCAUCUGGACCAACCGUAUCCGGUGCCAUAUUUCACAGGUUUCGAUCCGCUGGCGCUGUCUAAGCUGCAUCAGAGCGCGGCGGCAAACAAUCAGACGCACAAGCACCUGGAGGCGCAGCAGGCGUCACAAUUGCCACCCACAUCCCUGAGCAGCUUCUACUCCGGCAUCUACUCGGGCAUCUCGGCGCCAUCACUGUAUGCCGCGCACUCUGCGAACGCCGCCGCCGCUGGACUGUAUACCUCAUCCUCGACAUCGUCGCCGGGCUCCUCGCCCGGCACCAUCACGCCCAACGGCAUGGACGGCUCCAUGGACAGCGCCUUGAGGCGGCCGGUGCCAGUGCUCUAUUAGGCACAAGCGCGGGCCAAAGCUGUCCCAGAGUAAAGUACAAUUUGCAUUGUUGACGCGUUCCCAAAGUGAUCCACUGGUUUUAAAUCUUUAAAAGCUCUAUGUAAGCCAAUUACGAUCUAGUAGUUCUCUAUCUUUGAUAUUUCUCGCCCUAUCAAGCAAAACGCUCGCAAAAGUCUAGUACAAUCUUUGCACAAGAAAGAAACCGUAAGAAACAUUCCUAGCCAAUAAACAUACAUAUUACCUAACAUAAUACAAAUUAUAAUAAUGUCUAUAAUUUAUUGUCGCUAAACAAAACAAAUUAAAUACCUAAUUGUAAAUUAAUUUUAUUUAGUUCUAA